AUGAUUCCGGUUCUCGUGUUGCUCUGCUCGACAAUUUUGCAUCAGGCGGGAGGAUAUGUAAUCGGAGGAGGUACUCAGCCCGGCGGUAACCAAAACAACCCAUCUGGUCCCAACUACAACGGAGGUAUCGGAGGAGGUGUCUACCCGGGCGGUGGAUCCAACGGAGGAGGCGUCCAACGUGACGAAGGUGGCUACUGUAACAGCAACACCGACUGUCGUUCCGGUUUAUACUGUACCGCAUCGGUGAACGGUGUCAAAAUCUGUCUGUCCACUAGCAAUGGAGGCGGUGGAAGUGGGUACCCGACUAACACCGGAGGAGGCUGCACAACAUCAGCGAACUGCCAGAACGGCGGUGUCUGUGUGGUUCGGAAUGGAGUUGGAAGCUGUCAGAUUCAAGCGGGAGGUUAUGUGUCACCGGCUGCAAGACAGGAUUUCAACGAAGACGUAUUCUCCAAAAACGCUCCAGAGCCCGGAAAAAUGAAUAGUGGAUGUGAGCGAGACGCGGAUUGUGAUGAUGAGCUCUCGUGUACCCUUUAUUUUGGAGAAAUGAUGUGUAGGGCACCCAUUAAGCCAUUGGUCCCGUUGCGGUGUGAAUCUGACGCCGAGUGUCCGUCGACUGAGUACUUGUGUGUGUUUAGUACGGCAAUGCAGGAUAGAGUCUGUUAUAAAUAUGGAGACAUUGUCACCGAUGGCUAUGUGAUCCCUAUCAAGCACAAAAUCUCAAUGGAGAUGCUCAAGACCUCCACUUCCUCACCACCGCCCACGUCUUCAUCGUUUCUAUCUUCAUACGUAACCCCCAAUUUACCCGAGGUGAAAACCAAAACAGAAGGGGCGACUAAUGGACUUUUCGCCGAAUCCGAGGCGAUAUUCGAGGAGGAACCCGGAAGUCUUCUGACUUCGACUCUUCAGAAACGAGCCGACGACGCUCCGAAAAUUGGUCACGCGCCGAUUUAUGUGAAAAUGGAAGAUGGUCCUUCUGAAACCCGGGUAUCCGGGCAGCAUGAUGGUGAGGCGGUGAAAAUGACAAAGGUGAUUGUGAAGGAGGAAGACCCGGAAGUGGCUGGAACUCUGAAAUCGGAACGAGUGAAUAUUGGGAGAGGUGUCGAGUUGGUGGAUGACGAGCCAAUCGAUCCAAUGGCUACAGUAUGCCAGUUUGAUUAUCAUUGCCGCAUGGGAGAAAGCUGUUCUGGAAGAGUCCGGUUUGUGGAUCGCAAUGUUACAGUAUGCCGCUAUGACAUCCUCAAAAAACAACGACAAUGUAUAUAUCAUUCUGAUUGUUUAUCAGGGCAGCGUUGCACUGCUAAAAGCAAAGAUCUCGCAACAUGUGAGACGGACAUUUCCGCCACGAUUGGCUCUCUCCAAUGUUUUUAUGAUUAUGAGUGUUCCGGUGGAGAGAAAUGCACUCUUGUUGAUGAGAAGGAACGGAAGUUCGUGUGUCGACCGUCGCCGACCUCUGAUCCACGGAUGAAUCAGAUAUGCACCACUAAUGCGCAGUGCCCUUUUCAGCAGGUCUGCCGUCAAUCAGCCGGAAUCUCCCUUUGUGUCGACGUGUCCAUCUCGAAGAAUCCUGCAAUGCUACACGAACGUCUGUGGCGAUUCCUCCGCAAUUUCAUCUUCCAUCGACGACGAUGA